GCUUCCAUUCACAAGUGGAACUGUGUCUGUAUGGAACGUAGGUUGCACCGCGGCCAGCUAUCUUGCGUGUUGUUUGAAGCGAGUUGAACGUAACCAGCUGGCUAAUAAACGAUUAACGUUUAAACCCAUCAACUAUCCCUGUUGUCGUGAGGUUCGCUUCUCUGUGAAGAAGACCGCUCGAAGCUGAGAUGAACCAAUUUGAACAUCUGAAAGAUGACGACACAGAGGAUCAGGAUGAGACGGUGUGUAACCGGGAGGAAGACUGCUCCAUCAACAACAAUCGACGCAAGACGGUGAGUCCUGCAGCAGGGGAGCAUCCUCUACAGUAUAACUAUACCUUGUGGUAUUCUCGGAGGACUCCGUCCCGGCCCGCCAACACACAGAGUUAUGAACAGAACAUCAGACAGAUCGGCACGGUCGCAUCGGUGGAGCAGUUCUGGAAGUUUUACAGUCACCUGGUGCGACCGGGAGAUCUGACUGGCCACUCUGACUUCCACCUGUUUAAAGAGGGAAUCAAACCCAUGUGGGAGGAUGAAGCUAAUAAGAACGGUGGGAAGUGGAUCAUCAGGCUGCGAAAAGGUCUGGCCAGCAGGUUCUGGGAGAACAUUAUUCUGGCCAUGUUGGGAGAACAGUUCAUGGUGGGAGAGGAGAUCUGUGGGGUGGUGGUCUCUAUACGCUUCCAGGAAGACAUCCUGUCUAUAUGGAAUAAGACGGCCAGCGAUCAGGUGACGACGUCUAGAAUACGAGACACUCUUAGACGCGUCCUGAACCUCCCCCCCAACACCAUCAUGGAGUACAAGACACACAACGACAGCCUCAAGGAUAAUUCUAGCUUCCGCAACACAAAGAUCACCCUGUGAAGAGAUGGAGGGAUGGAGAGAGAGCAAGAGGGAGAGACGGAAGAGUGGAGAGAGACUGGAGUGGAGGGAGGGAGAGACGGGAGUGGA